AUGGGUGUCGGCGCUUUCCUGGAGCCGCUGAUAGUCGUCAGCUUGCUAACAGGUGGGACAAUCCUCAACCGCAACAAAUCGCCACCCUCGUCCUCGUCCUCGUCCUCGUCCUCCUCGCCUGUUUCCUCGAGGCCGAACUCAUGGCGGGACUUCGACUACCCGGGAGCCCUCGAGGCCGGAGGUCCUAGCUAUUCGCCAAAGACCAAGUCUAGGAGCAGCUCCGUCUCGUCGUCCUCGUUUGACAUGGCGCGGGAAAAGUAUGACCCUCGAUAUCGGCAACGAACGCUGCGCUUCUUCAACUGGGAGCGCGAGAUAACAACACCCAACAACGAGAUCUUCAAAGACCGCCUUCUCAGUCGACUUCUCAGAGCUCUACCGUUCCUGGUCGAAGUCUGGUACUGGGCUCUUGUAUAUUGGGUCUACCAACUCGGGCGCGCCUUCUCGGCUGUCACGCUCAAGGAUUCGACCGUCGACACGGCGCGCAAGCACGCGCUGCAGGUCGUGGCUGUCGAGGAGUACCUGCAGAUCUUCAUCGAGGCCGACAUCCAGAAAUGGUUCCGCGGCCACCCCGUGCUGAUGCAGUGGACCAACCGGACGUACUCGUUCAUCCACAUCCCGGGGACCAUCCUGUUCCUCAUCGUGCUCUACUACAUCACGACGGCGCGACCAAAACGCACCCUGCUCAAGCCGUACGAGGACGACGUGGACGGCAGGCUGUCGCCGCGCCAGUGGAGGCAGCCGGUCACGCGCAUGGGCCCCGACGUCUACCAGAAGCGGAGGCGCACCAUGGUCAUGUGCAACCUGCUCGCCUUUGUCGUCUUCUCCUUCUGGCCCUGCAUGCCCCCGCGCCUGCUUAGCGAUCUGACGUACAACGGCCUCGACGCCGCCCCGGCCAAGAGCUACGGCUUCGUCGACACGGUGCACGGCGUCGACGGCGACAGCAGCGUCUGGACCACGAACCGGUUCUGCAACCAAUAUGCCGCCAUGCCGUCGCUGCACUUUGGCUACUCGUUCCUCAUCGGACUGACCAUCGCGACGGCACCCAUGGCGAAGCGGGGGCGGAUGGCGUGGAGGCGGCUGGCGCUGGUCAGCGUGGGCAUGGUGUAUCCGGGGAUCAUCCUGGCGGCCAUCGUGGCGACGGCGAACCACUUCAUCCUGGACGCCGUGGCCGGCGCGUGCGCGUGCCUCCUCGCCUGGAAGUUCAACGGCUUGCUGCUCAACCUGCUCCCGCUCGAAGACUAUUUCCUGAGCGUGCUGAGAAUCCACAAGCCGUGA